CACCCGCAUAAGUAAUAAUUAAGCACUCCUACCUAACACACGGUAAGAAGCGAAGAACCAAAUACACACAUUUUGCUUUGCAAAAAUUGCUGUAAAUGUGUGUCUAGUUCGUGAUUUUUUUAACGUUUGAUUGAAUUGCUGGCAAAAAGUGGUUGUAAUAUUGUGUGAAUACGGAUCAAUUUUUUGUGGACAUAUGCACAUCAGUUUACCACCUCAAGAAAUACCGAAUCCACAUGGAUCUGAAACAAGGAAAGAAACGGGAAUGUUCAAAGCCCUCAAGAACGUAUAGCGACUUGUCAAGACACGUGGUCACGCACGAUCCCGAUGCUCAGGUCAAAUGUGAGGUUUGCCGCAAAAUUUUCAAAAACAGAGACACCUUAUCUGGUCACAUAUCGAGAAUUCACGGCAACCGGAAGAGACCAAGUUGUGACACUUGUCACCGCGUGUUUUCCAAUUCAUGUAACUUACGGCGACAUAUUGACGACGCCCACGGCACGAGUGAACGACCCCGUUUCCCAUGUGGAUUUUCCGGCUGUGAGAAAACCUUCGUAAAUAAAUAUCUAGUUUCCACCCACAUGAAGACUGAACAUGUCGAGAAUCCGAUCCGAUUUCCGUGUACACUUUGCGGAAAGGACUUCAAAACAAGGACAGAACUUGGGAAACACAUUCGCGCCCACACGACGGAGAAGCCGUACACUUGUGCCAGUUGUGGGAGGAGUUUCGCCCAGAUGGGAACCAUGAAACGUCAUGAGAUGACUCAUUUGGAAAAAUCUGCCCGAGACAUGUUCCAGUGUCACGUCUGUCCUCAGACCUUCUUAAAUAGAACGUCGCUACAACACCACAUCCGAGUUGGACAUGAAAAUCAGAGGAAUUAUCCGUGCUCAUCUUGUGACAAAAGAUUUUCCACCUCAAGAGACUUGAUGCGUCACGUGGAGGCGGUGCAUGCCACAAAUAAAGAGAAGAUCCAUUCCUGCGACAAAUGCGAGUACAAGAGUCACUCGAAAGCCAAUCUGGCCAAUCAUCGAGUUCGUCACAACACAAUGGCAAGGAGGCAUGGAUGUUACUUCUGUGGGAAGAAAUUCUACACUUUUUUCGAAUUGGUCUCACAUUGUCAAGUUCAUACUUUUGAAAAGUUAAAAUACUUAUCUAUGUAACGGGGAUUUCAGUAUUUGUAAUUUGCGAAUUUUUCUAAAUUUUCCACAUUUGACAAAACCAUGCAGUAUGCAAAAUAAAUUAUACAAAUCAACCAGAGGCCUUAGUAACCUUACAAGUUCCUAGAUAUUUCGCUUGAAUGUGUAUUUUGCAAACUAUUUAUCCAACGGUUGACGGUUGGAUAAAUUUUACCAGCUUUUGUGCCAUCCUCUUUUUUCUGCUCAACCAUCAUGCAACCUUGUGCAAAUUAUAAUGAGAAUACCAAUAAAUUGCGGAUUUUUACUAAA